UCAAAGGUUAUCAGUGAGAGCGGUGAAAAUGAAUUCGAAGUGCGUGAUUGUUUUUAUAUCCUAUGCCUAAAUAAGUAUGAAGUUUAGAGCUAAGGUUGUGGAUGUUGCGUGCAUAGAUAGAUUUAUCCGAGUUUUGACAACUAUAGCAAAGAUGACACAGCUAUGUGUCCUGCGGAUAACAGAAGAUAAGAUGUUCUUCAUUCUCAAUGACAACAUUUCAAAGGGAAACAUCUGGUGUGAAGUUACCGCUAGUAAUUUCUUUGAUGAGUUCAAUAUGGAGGGUCUUGCUUCUGACGCAAAUGAAAUCUACCUAGAAGUGACUCCUGAUGACCUAGUGCGAGCAGCAAAAACAGCUCAGUUUGCUAAAACUCUCAAAAUCAAGCUCACUAAAAAAUUUAGUCCUUGCCUCACUUUUUUCGUGGAGCUGUGUUCUGUGAGCGGGCAUAGUAGAAAUGUAAAUCAUGAUGUUCCAGUUAAUAUUAUUCCCAAGCGUUUGUGGGAUGAGUUUCAGGAACCAACCAUUCCAGACUUUGAUGUUAGCAUUUGUAUGCCCUCUCUGAAAUUCCUCAAAAAUGUUGUGGAACGAAUGAAGAAUAUAGGAAGCUAUUUGGAACUUUCAGCCAAUCAGAAAGGAGAUAUGACUUUGAAAGUUGAGAGUCAAAUGGCAACUGUAUCAACCCACUUCAAGUCGUUGGAAGUUCAAUAUUAUGAUGAUCAACAGUCUAGUCCAAAAGAAAAGGAUCAAUCAUUUGGUGCAAAGAUAGACAUUAAGAAAUUUCAGAUGUUUCUAACUGGACUUCAACUCAACCCACAGAAGAUAAUUUGUAAUAUUGUUGAUAAUCGUCUUGUCCACUUUUUCCUUCUGCAAGAAGAGCUGUCGUUGCAAUACAGCAUGCCGAUUAUUCAACAUUAAUCUCUGCAUCUGUCCACAAAAUUGAAACGCACAAGACUAGACAAUUUCCCUGAAGGGGGACUUAGAUGUCAGAAAUGUCGCCGUAAUUUCCAACUUUCUAGACCACAUGUCACAUAUUAGAUUACCAUAAUUAACACCAAGUGUUGGUAACAUUGAAAUUAUCUGGGUCGUCUGUGGAAAGAUGAACAGUGAAAGUUUGUGGUUUGAAGUGGUCUGUGGAGACUGCUUGAGGAGCACUCCAGAUAUUCAAAUUAUAAUCACAGAUAUAUUUAUAUUUAUGUUUAUGUAUAUUAUGAAAAGAAAUGGUUUAUCUACAAAAUACCUGAUUGAGCUGGAUCUGAAGAGAUUAAAUAACAUAUUAGUUGCAGUUCCAAGUGGUGGAGUGAUGACUUACUGUGAUAAAUCCUGCCAAUCAUCAUAUAUGACCACUGAUGCUGAUCUCUUCAAUCCAGUCUGAAUGCAAUUUAAGUCAGUACUUCACCCACAGUUCUUGCUCUAUAAGUUCUGUGUUUACUACUGAUCCACUAUGAUCUGUGUAAAAUGAAUGUAUAAAUAUUACAAGAUAAUGCAAAUAACUUUUAAACUGAUUGAAACACAAUUUUAGCAAAUUGAACAUUUAGGCUAUUGAUACCAUUUCGACCUAAUAAAUUUUUUAACAAACAAACCAAUAAGUUGAUGUUGACUUACGCAAGCCUAUUACAUUAUAUCAUAUCACUUCUAUUAGGUUUAAUAAUAAUAAUAAUAAUAAUUUUGGCUUAUAUAGCACAUUAUGCUAAAGCCUCAAUACACUUAACAAUAAAAGUGAAAAUGCCAGGAGAAAAAAUUUAAGAAAAGUACACGUUAAAAAGGUGAUUUUUGAAAGCUGCCUUAAAAUCAACAAUGGAAGUUGCCUGUCGGAUUUAUCAUACCAAAUUUUUAUUUUUAUUUUUUUAAUAUUUAUGAUGGAAAGUAACUUUUACAAUACUUUUGCUAUCAUAUUCAGCAAAAUGCACCUUUUUAAACCAGAAUUCAAUAGCAAAUAUUGCCUCAUUCACAUUGGCGACUUUGAUAAAAUCCGAUCCAACCGACCCAAAAACAUCAAGCAAGUAUCAAGCAUGCAAGUAAUAUUGAUCAGAUUUUGAAGUUAGUGCAUGUUCACCUCAAAUAGAGGAUAUCACCAAUGCUUUAUGCUAUAUUGAGAUUACCACAUAACAAACCGUUUCCCCAGAAUAUGAAUGUAUGUUUUAAUGUACAAAUUGUACCGUAUAUCAAUUGCCGGAUCCGGAAAUAUGCAAGUUUUAAAAAAAGUCUGGGUUGUGAAAUGUUACAUUGUAACAGUACUGUAUUUAUAUGUCGCAUAAUACCCAUGCUUAGUGGGCCAACAACCACCUAGUUUAUGGGAUAGAGUUGUAUACAUAUUCCAAGCCAAACACCCCAACAUUAUGCGCUAUAUAUUAUUAAACAUUAUUAUUAUUAUUAUUGUUAUUAUUAUGUUACUAAAACUUAAGGGGAACUUAGACAAUGGAGAAAUUAGAGAACAAUUAAAAAAAGACAAUGGAGAAAUUAGAGAACAAUUUUAAAAAAAAAUGUUAAGGGAAAAAUAACACUAAAGAUAAGUCUGAGGUAGUGCUAGUUAUUAUUAUUAAUUUUAUUAUUAUUAUUAUUAUUUUUAUUAUUAUUAUUAUAAUUAAUAGUGUUGUUGACAACAUUGAUAUUUAUUUGUGUUAAGCUAUGGUCAUAAUUUGGUUUAAUCAAUUUAAUCUUCUGAAGUGACCGACUAAUGAGAAGUUAUCUGGUGGAAUCAUUAAUUUCUUCCUUUUUAAUGUUAAUCAAUUUGUCCAAUUAUUUUACAUUAAUAAAGAUGCAUGCAGGUAAUUUUUACAUUUUUGAGAAUUGUGAAAAUAAUUGUUUAUUUAUCCUGCAUUUGGUAUUUAAGAUGGCAUAAGAAUUGCAGUAAUAAUCUUGAAUAAACAGUUUUUACUUGA